GCAACCCUGGAGGUGGGUGGCGAAAAUUGCUCUCAGAGGGCUAUUUCGGUUCGGUAAUCCGGGAGGUUGUUUGACUCUACCUCAUCCGCCGUGAGGGGGUCUCUGCGCAGAAUGACGGACAGCUUAAACUAUCCGGCGCCAGGGUCACUGGUCCGCAUCAAGCUUGAGAAUGUCCGCUACUUCCGCUUCCAUGACGAUACCGUCACAUUCACUAUGUACCCGUCAACACUAAUUGAUGAGGGCAAGUUCAAGACCGUCGGUGACGUCAGGCGCUUUCUGAACAUCGGGCGCCGGGGGCUUCUGCUCGCUGGUUACGACGAUGUGGACGACAGCACCCUCAUUGGCGACAAGUACGCACAGACAGACACCGACUGACACGCUGGACACAGUGACUGUGCGUGCGACUUGACUGGUGUGCAUGCACAGAGGCAAAACUGAGGCUGAUCCGUUCCUCCUCCGGGAAGCUGAGGGAGGCGUUCAUCUAGUCGAGGAGCCCGAGUCCGGCGAACAGAAUGGACAUAAUGCCCCACAAGCCUUGCCCCACAUGCGGUAUCGCGACAAGCAGCCUUACUGUCGCAUCCCAGAUGGCGACGCUAAAUAGAAAACGGCCAAGCGAUCGUACGAAGGGCAGCUGCUUUGUCGCGCAUACACACGUAUGUGAUUUCCAGUUGACUGUUUCUUUUCACGAUAGUUACGGACCUGAGGAGUGGGGCGCAUCAUCGCCGUCUUAGGACAUUUCGUAAAACCGCUCCCCCCUGACGCGA